AAGAACAUUAUAAAUCUUUUUGAAAUAAAUAGUGUUUGCCAUUAAAAUGUUCACUCUGUUGUACUUGCAUACAAAAAUCGUAGUAUUGUUUUUACGAUAGACAGUGGACACGUGCGAGGCCUCUACUCGUGGGAGCGGUUUCGAAGACCGUGAAUCGGUCUCUUUGAGUCGGUGCCGCGGACAAACGGUGCGAGACCGAUGGCGGCGACGCUCCGUUUCCGAACUCUCUGCUUAAAUAUCGCCGGUGCUCCCGGAUACCAGGACAGUACGAUAGAUGGACCAAACGUUGUGACAUGGACGACAACAACAACUAUUACUAUUGUUACGAUUACUACUUCGAUGAUGAUGGCGACAAUGAAAGGGACUUUCAUCAGGAUUUUCCUGGAGGACGCUACUGGGAACAAGUUGCGGAGCCGGUCGUCCUGCAGGAUCCGAUCAGACAGGUUGCCAGUGGCGGACUUCCAUCAAUAACCGAUCGUAAAGAAAAUGAACAUAACAUAAAAUGUCGAAAAUCUAGAACAGCGUUUACAAAGUAUCAAUUGGGGUGGCUCGAAGGAGAAUUUGAGAAGUGUAAAUACUUGACUCGAUUAAGACGAUACGAAGUUGCUCUAAUACUUGGUCUCACAGAACGACAAGUGAAAGUAUGGUUCCAAAAUAGACGAAUGAAGAAAAAAAGGCUGAAUGACGAAUCCAUUUACGGAUAACAAGAUAACGCUUGUAUUAUUAGCAUUUCAAUCGUAAAGAUAAAUCGCUAUAUUAUUACAUUUUUACAACAUUCGUGGCAUUGUUUUAUAAUAUGUACACUAGUUUUUUUUUUUGAGAUUUAUACCUUAGUGAAACUUUAUCGUAUAAAAUGGAUUAUUCCACUGCCACCGGUAUUAAGUGUAUUAAAAAUUAAAAUUCUUUUUAUUUGUUCACAAAAAUCACCAACAAUAUUUUUUGAUCUGACUUUAAAUGACAUAUUUAAGACUUUUUAACCUAAUUCUGUUUUCAUUGUAAAUAAAUUUCAUAAUACGAUAUGUAUGUAUGUCAUUUAUUGUAGCCCAACAUUAUGCAUCUA